AUGCCUUUUAACAGUGCUUCUAACUGCACAGAGUUGGCCCGCCAGCUUGAGAUGUACUAUCUGCCGACCAUGUACACCCUGGAAUUCUGCCUGGGUUUCGUGGGCAACCUAGUGGUCAUCCUGGGCUACAUUUUCUGUCUGAAGGAAUGGAAGAGCUUCAAUGUGUACCUGUUCAACUUGUCUGUGUCUGACCUGAUCUUCCUAUGCACACUCCCCCGCCUGGUCCACAACUACGCCCAGGGUAACUGGAAGGAGAACUCAUCCUAUUACUGCAUCAGCAACAGGUACAUCCUCCAUGUCAACCUGUACUCCAGCAUCCUCUUUAUGGUAUGGGUCAGUGUGGACCGGUACUUGCUUCUGAAGAACCCCAUGCGCCUUCACAUCCUGCAGAGACUAAGGUCAGCCAUCGUGGUGGCUAUCUUUACCUGGGUCAUUGUCAAUGUCCAGAUCGCCCCACUCAUGUUUUUUAUCAUCAAGGACCUGAAGAGGAACCACUGGAGCACAUGUCAUGAUUUUGGCAGUCUUUCAGGGAUCCACGGCAUGCUAAGCUAUAGCCUGGCCCUCACAUUGACCGGCUACUUGCUGCCAUUGCUGGGCCUCUGCCUGUCAUCCUACAAGAUCACUGUCUUCCUGAAGGCCCAAGAGCGUGUGUUCGACAACCAAGCUGCCUCCUACCGCAGGCCUCUCCGGCUGGUAGCAGCAUUGGCCGCCAUGUUCUUCAUGCUGUACUCGCCGUACCACGUGAUGAGGAAUGUGCGGCUCGCCUCCCUGCUGAAUCAGUUUGGAUUACCACAGUGUACCAAGGAUUACAUUGAGGGCAUCUACAUCAUCACACGUCCCAUAGCCUUUUCCCACAGUGUCAUGAAUCCCAUCUUCUACUUCUUCAUGGGGGACCACUUCAGAGAGCUGCUGCUGGACAAACUGAAGAAACUCAUGGCUGGAAAAUCAUCCCACCAUCAGGGUAACUAA